GAGCUACAACCACCAAGUGCAUAUCUCCGUAAACCCGACGGAUUACCUACGAUACUCUGAAUAGUCCUAGAGGCUAUUCUAUUCGGACACCUGAGAUAUUUUAUUUCACUUCGUUGUAGCAAUAUCCCAGCCUGUGCACUGCGACAAUACGAACCACAACACCUGCCUGGAAGACCCGCCAAACCAACCUCACCGAAUAGCUAUGGCAUCGAGUAAAGCAUCUCGCGUUGGCGAGGAGUAAGUUCAAAAUUCUCACCGGUCCUCUUUGUCUGUCUAAUACUUUUGUAGGAUUUGGAAGACACGAAUCGACAAAGUAAAUGCGGAAUUAGUAACUUUAACAUACGGCACUGUUGUUGCGCAGCUAUGCAAAGAUUACGAGAACGAUUACGCUGAAGUCAACAAGCAGCUGGACAAAAUGGGCUAUAAUAUCGGACUGCGCUUGAUCGAAGACUACCUAGCAAAAUCGAAUACCAUGAAGAGAUGCGCGAACUUCAGAGAAACUGCGGAUAUGAUUUCAAGGGUUGGCUUCAAAAUAUUCCUCAACAUCACACCACAGGUCACGAACUGGACCAGCGACAACAAUCAAUUCUCCUUAGUGUUUGACGAAAACCCUUUUGCAGACUUCGUGGAGCUGCCAGAUGAUGGCCGUGCUCAAGAUGAGCUAUGGUAUUCAAAUAUUCUAUGCGGCGUCCUGCGCGGUGCUCUGGAGAUGGUGCAAAUGCAAGUAGAGGCUCACUUUAUUAGUGAUAUUCUCCGCGGGAAUGACACGACAGAAAUGCGAGUGUCGCUAAUACGAUAUAUCGAUGACGAGCUACCCCCAGAGGAUGACUAAAUAUAGACAUUGUACUCAAUAGAUAAAAAUUAGCCAUAGACCUAUCUAACUUGCGCAUUUAUUUAAAAAAAAUUAAGGUCAAUCACACGUGCAUUGAUUCUGAUUUUUGAGGAUCAAGUAGUCAGGCAACUGGGAUAAAUCGUGUCAAAUGCGUCUCAGCCAGUUCUGAAAAGUUAAUAGCAGCAGCAGGCCCUUUGGAAGACAGAACAUGCAAUAAACACAUAGAUACAUUUCUAUAAAACUUGUUGGAACCGCUACAGGCGUGGUAAUCAAGGUUGCACCUGUAGUUCCUAUUGGUGGUCCUUCAGUGC